CCCAGAGCCUGGCUCCCAUGACUCUGUGGGGAUGUGGCCUUGGGCAGGGUCUGGGGUCUCCCUGGUCCACGCCGGGGCCAUGGUGCCAACUGCAGCUCCCAAGCACAGGACCCCCUGCAGUGGGCAUGGGGGGCUCUUUUCAGGGGCCCCGGUACUCCUUAGCCAAGCACUCAGGCAAGUCUGCUUUCACCGGCGGAGUCCCCCAAGCACAGGCUAGCCACUGGCAGAUGCCUCCAGGGCCAGAGCCAGACAAGCACCCGUGACCAAAAUAGCUGUCAGAUGACCAGAGGGCCUGCUCACCACCUUCAAGCUCACAGCAGCUGCAGCUAAAAAUAAGCCAGAAGGGCAUACAUCUUGGGAGAAUCACAAGGGGAGAGCAUUGUCCUGCCUUUGGGCCGCCACGGGCGGACACAAUGAGGUCGCUGCGCUUCAUUUCUGCGGAGACCCUGGUGUCUCACCCCCAGGUGGCCCAGCAGAGCCUGGAUGGUGUGGCCUACAAUCUCUACCCACUCCUGUUCAAAGCCAGCUACUUGCUGGAGCAGGCAGAGGUGAUCCGCGCCCUGCUGGAGCGCUGGCCCCUGGAGGAGUUCCGGCUGAGUGCGCUGCUCGGACCUCGAUCAGAACCCCCCGAGGACUUGAGGGACCGCGCCUGCAGGGCCUGCCUGGAGGCCUGUGUGCAGGGCCUCGCGGACCACGUGCUCCGGGCCGGGGGCCCGAGGCGGCUGCGGGUGGCAGACCUCACGGGCAUCCGAGACGUGCAGGUGCAGCGGUGCCCCUGUGGCAGGGCUCUGGGCCGGUGGGGCCGCACGGAGCUGCUGGCCAGGAUCUGCUGCCAGCUGCAGGCCGAGCCCCGAGUGGCCCAGUGCCCCAUCCAGGUCCUUGCUGACCUCUUUGUCACAGAGGGCAACUUCAAGGUGGUGGCACAGGCCCUGGGCCCAGCAGGCCCUGCCCCGCUGCGUGUGCACUGCCUUUCCUUCCGCGCAGACAGUCUGGGCCCCAGCCAGCUCCUGCACGUGCUGCGCCUGGCCGGGCCCGCCGAGCUGCGCAGGCUGGAGGUGGUGCACAACGUGCGACUGCACGCAGGACACGUGCAGCAGCUUCUGGCCCAGGUGGGCUUCCCCCGGCUGGCCUCGCUCACCUUGCCUGCCAAGGCCUUUGACGCGCCCCCUACCCGCACCCCAGCCCCUGACGGCAAGGACCCUCUCCUCACCUCCAUUGCCUGGGAGCUCAGCCAGAUGACGCAGCUCACUGAGCUGAGUGUGGCCUUCUCCACCCUGACAGGGAAGGUCCGGAAACUGCUCGGCCCCCUAAGGACACCACUGAGGCUCCUGGACCUGGCCAACUGCUCCCUGAACCAUGCAGACAUGGCCUUCUUGGCAGACUGCACCCACAGCACGUGUCUGGAGGUGCUGGACCUCAGUGGGCACAGCCUGUUCAGUCUGUUCCCCUCAACCUUCUUCCGGCUGCUGAGGCGGGCUGCCCAGACCCUAAGGAUUCUCACCCUGGAGGAGUGCCGCAUUGAGGACAGCCACGUGAGCAUGCUGAUCUUGGCCCUGAGCCCUUGCCGUGAGCUGUGUGAGCUCCGCUUCCUGGGGAACCCACUGUCAGCCCGGGCCCUGAGGCACCUCUUCACCGCUCUCUGUGAGCUGCCCAAGCUUCGGUAUGUUGAGUUCCCAGUGCCCAAGGACUGCUACCCUGAGGGCACCGCCUACCCCCAGGACGAGCUGGCCAUGUCCAAAUUUGACCAGCAGAAAUAUGAUGUGAUUGCCGAGGACCUCCGGGCUGUGCUGCUUAGGGCUGGCCGGGGCGACAUCCAAGUCUGCACGCCCCUCUUUGGAAGUUUUGACCCAGAUAUCCAAGAAACAAGCAAUGAACUUGGAGCUUUCUUGCUGCAAGCUUUCAAAACCGCUCUAGAAAACUUUUCCAGAGCAUUGGAACAAAUGGAGUAGGCCCUGAGCAGGCCGAGGGGCCUUGUCAUCCAGCUGCAUGACACCCUGAGCAUCUUGAUUCAGCAGGCGUGGGCA